AUGGCGACUCCAGGUUUAUAUGCCGUUCGAUUUCGUGAGAAGUUCUAUGCCUAUUAUAAUGAUUGCGACUCAGACAGGUUGGGGGAAACGGUCGCGCUCAGGAUCCUCGACCGCGAACAGUACGAAAUAUGGCUGGCCACCAUGCGGCAGGAUUAUGCGGAGUUGGAUGAGCGAUUGGAGGCCAUUUUCACCAUCUCGGCGGCCGAAGCCGGAAAACACCCCAGGCUGCUGCAUCAAAUCUCCGGGGCGGACGAUCUCUACUCCUGUCACGAUUACAGCAGGUGGUGGCGCAGGCAGGUAGUCAUGUGGUGGCACAUUGUCUUGCUGGACCAGAUGCUCAGCAUCGAUGGCAUGUGCCACUUUUGGAUGGACGAGGUGCCGGCGGACAUACCCCUGUUUCUCGAACCCGCCAAUCGGCACUGGUGGGGGCCUCCCUCGGACGCCGUGCACGCCUGCAUCGCCACUACUCCCGCGCCGAUACCGAAGCCCAAUAGCCAGCAAACGGUCGCCGCCUACAAAUUACUAGCUCCCAGGCCGAUACAAGCAUCUGCUGCCCUCGAUUGCGCAGGCCAAAACCUCGUCGCCACCAUGCACGGGGCCCAUGUACGCUUCUGCGCAGCGUACAAGAGUGCGCGAGAUGCCUCAUCCCCAUCGGACGUCGAGUUCCGCGAGAUCUGCUAUGCGCUGCCGAGCAUGUCAUCAUGCUCCCCGGACCGGCUGCAGAUUUUGAGGCUGGUAGACCAUUUCAAGACAGCCGGAACAUGGCAUACUACAAAUACGGUAUUCUCAGUCCUAGAAGCGACCACGGGCCAGAAAAUGGCGCACCCUUCCUCAGCAGCUUCCGGGAGCCCGGAAAGUUGCUCGGGAGCGCGCCGCCCGAGCGGUGCUACUAGAUGGAGGAUAUGCUCGUGCUCUUAG